AUGUCCAAUACCGACGAGAUAUAUCCUGGCCGAACAGGCAAGCAUGCUCUUUUAAAUUAUUUGGAAGAGACUGAUCCCAGCCUUUGGUCAUACGUUGAUUUUUUGGAAGUAAAUCGUACCCUUAUCAUCAAUUCAGAGAUCAGUGGAAUACUCUCGAUGGUGAACCUGGAGCGUGCCAAAUCCAACCUGUACUCCUUUUGGCAAGAAGUGAUCACUGAGCGACUACGGCACCAAGUUCAAAUCACUUACGAGAAGGAAACCCUUCUUACGUUUGAUGAAUCAGGUAAAUUCUUUGGAAAGCAACUGCGCUUACCAUACAAUAAGGAGGCAACCUCUUCGGGUUGUAAACUUUUCCAUAGCACUUUAGAUUCAGAUUCAACUUCCCCUGUGGAAACAAAGAAGAUCGGACACGGUAAAGAUGUGAAUGUUGAGGAAGCUAACAAUGAUGAUGUUGUAAAAAUGACUUCGAUUGC